CAACCUUGACUCUUCUUUAAGACCACAGAGUUAUAAGUUCCAAAAUAUCCCCCAAAAUCAACGCUGAUUAAUUCUAGAAAUCUAGGGUUUUUCAAAUCUCCGAUCACAUACCCAAAACCCUAACUUCUGUAGGAAUCGGAACUGCUUCUUGAUUCGGGGUUGAGUAUUUUCUGUCGGUUGGAAGUGAUGGCGGAGGAGGAAAUUGAGUACGAGAGCGAUCCGGAGGAGGCAAAGCUGUCGCUGAAGAUGCGGAGGAGGGAAGCGAGCGAUGAUGAACAGGAUGGUGAGGGAGGGGGGAAUAGUCGUGAGAAGCCGCCACGGAGGAUUGAUGAGUCGGAUGGGGAAUCUGAAGGCGCUGCGGCGGAGUAUGAGGAUGAAUUGGAGGAAGAAGAGGAGUAUGAUUUGGAUGAGGAGUAUGUGGAGGAGGAAGAGGUGGAGUAUGAAGAAAGUGGUGGUGUGAGAGGUGGGGUUGAUGUGGAGGUGGUGGCAGUGGAAAGAGUUGAGGGUGAGAAUGAAGGAGCUGUCACGGGGGAGUUGAUGGAGGAGGAGGAGAAGAAGGAAGUGAAUGAUGAAGCAAAUAAGAUUGGUGAUGAAAAUAAUAAUGUUCUUGAUGGUCAGCAUGAGGAGGAGGAGAGAAAGGAGAUGGAGCCCUUUGCUGUGCCGACUGCAGGGGCGUUUUACAUGCAUGAUGACAGAUUUCGGGACAAUGCUGGUGGGCGACAUAGGCGAACACUUGGAGGAAGAAAGCUGUGGGAAUCUAAAGAUGAUAGGAAAUGGGGGCAUGAUAAGUUUGAGGAGCUGACCAUGCAGGAAAGACAUCAUGAAGAGCCUAGAAGGGGUUCCAGGGGUCGUUAUAGAGGUCGUGGUAGAAAUAGAGCCGCAGACCGUGGAUAUGCACAAGGAAACAGGGCCAGAGAAUACACUAAUAAUAGCACUCAGAAUAAUAACAAUCAGAGCAAUGCUCCUAAGGGUGUCAGGGGACGAGGACCUCGAAGGUAUCAGCCAUCAUAUAAGAACAACAAUGAGGCGCCUAUUACACAAAACAAACAAUCUGGGAAAUUAGGUGAGAAACAUCCUCAUGUUAGCUCUGGAAGAACUAGUGAACCUGUGUCUAACACAGAGCCGCCUAGAAAACAGGUUGCCUCCAAUUUGAGCAUCACUUCUCCUCCAUUUUAUCCCACUGGUUCUUCCACCAAAGAGAAUUCCGUGCCACUUAAAAGAGAUGCCCAAGCUGGCAUAAUCAGUAGAAAUGGUCAGCAACCAGUAGUGGAUGAGAGUUUUAAUACGGCACGAUCAGCUGCAACUAUGCGGGGAAAGAAUGUAGCAGAUUCCAUUGGUGUGGAUAAGCUUUACAUUGAUGAUGCACCCUCUGCUAUGGACGGGAAGACUUCAAACACUAUGCCGAUGUCAUCAUCUAACUCCUCAUCUAUAAAUCCUACCCAACCUCAGUUGAGGGGUCAAGGAAGAGGACCAGCUUCCUUGACACAAAUGGCCUACCAACCAGCUGUCUCUAAUAAUCAGGUUAACAGGGUUUCUCCACCAAGUCAGCUACAAAAUGUUCAGAGGAAUCCUGGUCAAAGUCGUGCGCAAUCUUCUGUUCCGCAGUUCACGCAGCGUUUUCCAAGUGGAGCACAAGCUUCUUCUCCACCAAAAGCUGCUGGGGCAAUGAAUGCAUUUGAAUCUGGGGAGCUGGAAUCUACUUCAGAGUCGAGUCAAACAAAGACUGCAUUAGUUGCUAAAGGAAAAGGGAACAUGCAAGGCGGUGGAAAAGGCUCCUUCCUGUAUGGUGGAGCACAGGUUAUGGGGGCCUCUAGCAGUAUGGCCAGUGGUCAAAGCGAUCAAAACUUCCCUGCUUUCUUGCCAGUAAUGCAAUUUGGAGGCCAGCAUCCUGGGGGAAUUGGAGUCCCUGCUGUUGGCAUGGCUUUCCCUGGAUAUGUUGCUCAACCACAACUUGGUCUAGGGAGUUCUGAAAUGACUUGGCUACCAGUUUUAGCUGGUGCUGCUGGAGCACUGGGCGCAACGUAUUGUCCUCCAUAUAUAACUGUUGAUGGUUCAUACAAUGCUCGGCCAUCUGGACAGACAUCUGCUGUAUCAGCUGCUUCAAGCAAAGAAAAUAAUACAGCAAAAGUUGGUAAUGAUUGGAAACCUGCGCAGAGGCCUGAGCUGGCAAACGAUGAUUUUGGGCAGAGGCAAAAGAACCCUCGCAGAUAUACGGAGAUGAAAUUCGACCAGUGAAGUUGUCAGAUUGGGGGAAUCCUUUGGAAUAAGCAGAUAAUGUCUAGAAUCUUUAGAGUCGAUGUCUCUUCCAUCAGUUGGGUGUAGCAGAGUUUCUUGGGUGUGGUUUUGGUGCAGGCCUUCUUCUAAGGCCCUUUGUGUUCUCCAGUUCUUGAUCUGGAGCACUUUGGGCAACUGAAUAUUCUGAGAUAACUUAGGUAUAUCUUAAAAACGCCUGAUCUUGCUGCUUAAUUUGAGGGAGCCACUGCAGCUUGACAGGUGGCAGUUCCUUGUUCUUUUAUGCUGUUAUUGUGCAUUAGUAUUUUCCUGAAGCUUGCAAGAAGAUUGUAGUGGGGCUUCUUCAAAAAACAUUGGAAUAACAAGUAUUGUUGUGCAGCUGUUGCUUGCUUUAUCGAACUAAGUUUCUCCUGUUCUUUGUAACGGUGGGUUAUUAUCAAUCUCAUCAAGGUUUGAGAACUUGCAGUUUCUCUGGGGCUUCUUGUUGAGUUGAACAUAAUUUUAACCUAUGGUCUUUGUGUUAAUAUAUUUGGGUUGAGAAUAAAAUUGCUACUUGUUGGUAUCGGACUAUAUUAA